AUGGGGGGCGGGAACGCGCAGAAGAGCGCGAUGGCGCGAAAAAAGGCGCAGGAGAAGCUCGCGGCCAAAGGCGCGGGGUCGCAGCUCGCGACGAACGCGAAGGCGAUGACGCAGAUGUGCAUGGUGUGCCGAACAUCCUUCCUGUGCACGCUCGCGCCGGCCAAGCUGAAGGAACACUCGGAUAAUAAACACCCGAAACAGACGUUUGAACAGUGCUUUCCGAACGUGACGCUGUGA